UCGUAUUUCAUAAUUAUAUUUAUCCUAAGGUCUAUUUUAAAAGUGUUUGCAAAUCAAGACUUAAACAGCAUUUCUUCUAUUUUAGACAUUUACACCUGUUGAGCUGACAUCAUUUGAUGUUCGUCUGAAAGUAGGUAAAACUGCAACGCGUUUACCGGAAAUACGAAAAUUUUCUAAUAAUGACAUGCCAUCUAUCAUGUCCUGUGAGGACGGCCGCCUGCACCGUAUCUUCCCAGAAGGAAUUAUUCUCGAUCAGAAGUCAUGCAGACUGAUGGGAGCUGACGUGCCCCUCAUCACCGACACCUGCACAAACAUGGAGUUUACCGAAGCAAUAGAGCAAUCUACCUGAAGAAAUCUGAUUUUAUUUUUAGCAAGGGCGAGUGCAGCGAUUCGUGGUACGUCAUGCAUUGUUUCGUGUAUGACGUGUCUUGUGUCUGACGUCUUGUGUGCGUCAUUUGUUCCACGUCACUUGGAGCUGUAAAAGACGUCAUAGAUAAGAGAAAAGCUCUCAAAAUGGCUGAGCGGGAAAACACCGCCAUCUUCUUUAAAACUCCCUCAGUGACAUUCCUCUUCAUCUUCAUCGUCCUCUGCGGGGUCUCGUCGAACGUUGUACUGUGUGUGUACUACACUAAAUAACAGAGGAUAAAGGUAGAAAAGUACUGACUUUUCACCUCAUUCCUUGUCGACAUGGAGCAGAUCCCAUCAGAUGAAGAAGUUCGUGUGGCAUCGCUGGCUGACCGAGACUCAGUCGUGGCGAUAGCCGAUGAUGUCCAUCACGGAACCGAUUCUCUUCCUGCCACCUACCCCUAUCUUGUGAAAGGACCAAGCAUUCGUGGCUACCUUUACAAAAAAGGGGGCAAAACUAUAGCAUUUCUGAACACUCAGCUGAUAGACGGAGGAAAGACGCUGUUAUACAGCGCAGCAAGAGUGUCGGAAGAAUACAGAGGAAGUGGAGUCUUAGGGAGAUUUCAUAGACUAAUUCGUAACAAAUAUAUCGGGACACCUAAACUUUGCUACAAGGCCUUUGCAGUCUUUGAUAUCAUCAUGGCAACAAUUGGACAGAAGCUUCUAAAGACGAACAGACAUGUCACCGAGAAAACACUUACAACUGUUGAGCUGACAUCAUUUGAUGUUAGUUUCAAAGCUGCAACACGUUUUCCGGAAUUAAAAAUGCUCUGUAAUGACGACAUGACAUCUAUCAUGUCUUGUGAGGACGGCCGCCUUCGCCAUCUCUUCCCAGAUGGAAGAAUUAUUCUCGAUCAGAAGCCAUACCGACUGAUGGCAGCUAACGUGCCCCUCAUCACCAACACCUGCACACACCGCGUCUUCCUGGCUACAGACGCCAAGAGUCCUCCCUUGGACACAGGCUUGCUGUCUGUCCCUACAGUCCUGUCUGCAGGAAGCUACUUCGCUUGCAGUAAAGGUACCUGGUACAUAACAGAUGUUUACGGCGAGGGAAGUGAAGAAGAGCUGCGCGCGCAUAUCACGUGGCACCUGUUGCGAUCGGCUGACGUAGGAAACGGAAAUGUUGUCUUCAGCAUCUUUCACACCAGAGGGUUGGCUGACUUUCUCACAGACCUGGGCAAGACCUUUCCACUGAGGACAUCAAGUGUGUCCUACAAGAAACCGAUCGUGUUCGAAGAAGAAUUUUGUCAAAGGUGGAACGAUCCCGUUACCAUUUCGCAUGUGAACAGCAGUCACCCUAUUGUGUAGUACAGCACCAGGGAAUUCUGAUCUUUUUCGUUUUUGCUGCCAUUUUUGUUAUUGUGGAUGGGAUGGUUCCUUCUGCUUUUUUAUUUCUGACUUUUGUGUAUUUAUUUAUUUUGGGGGAGGGGAAAAACGAUUUAAUCGCAUUUACAAGUCUCUGGGUAAAAUUAGCUCGAUUUUAGCAUUAGUUUUUAGCUUUCCCAUGUCGUGAACCUUUUAGUCCAUCAGAUCAUUGUUUUAAAUUUACUGCAUGUAUUCAAUUCACCAGCUCACUCCGUGUGACCAUUCAGGCAGGGCUUCUGCUUACGCAAAAAAUUGCGUACUGUACGCAUUAAAAGUUCGGAGGACCCCUUCAAUUUUCGUCAAUGGGGUCCCCUUCAAAUUUGGGCAAAGAACAGGGACCCCUUAAAAAUCUGAAGAAGGGGUCCCUGGGACCCCAAAGAAUUUAGCCUUAGCAGAAGCCCUGAUUCAGGUCUAUCUCGGUAAAAGUUACGGGACCCCUGACUUUUCGGUUUUCGAUGUUGCUAGUGUAACAAAGUCCCUACCGCAACAUAGAUUCUCACCAACACAUACACAAAAGUCUUGUUCUCAAAUACUUUCACUCACACAUUCCGGACAUCUGCGGAAGAGACUAUGUUAAAUCAGACUACAAGGACCAGCUUACAGACAAUAACGAUGACACUGAAGAAGAUGUACCUCUUGUUCCAGUUCAUCGUUUGAACGAAGAAUUGAGACAUGAACUAGACAUGGACACUGAUAGUCGUUCAUAAAAAGCAAACGUGUUUUGCUAACAUGGUAGGGCACUAAGAACUUACAAAUAUCCACUGGUAGGAACCUUUUGUAUCGUGAAAUAAUAUAGUUUGCUGUGCUUUAUCAGCACGUCAACUUUAGUGCAAUUUCACUGUUAGAAGUACCCGUUGCAAAGGAUUGCUGAAAAAAAAUUUAAAUGGCCUUCGCGACACUCGAGCCUGUAUAAUGCAAUUUGGGGAGUAGAGGGUUACCUGUACUAUUAAAUGUAAGGUCAAAACGAUUUUUAAAACAAAACAGCACAGCUCACAUUUCCCAGCUAAGAGUUGUUUUAUGGUGGUGGGUCACAUGUGUGAACAUUUUUGCAAACUGAAAUGUAAAAUACACUCCUUUAUAUCUUUCAACGUAAUUCUUAUCAAAGGCUACAUCUGAUGUCAUCCACAAUGUGUGUCCCACAGGAGCGUCGGAAACUCCAAGAACUGCGAAUGUUUACUUUUAAACGCUAUUUUUUUUUUAAAUCAAAGAAGUUUCCCAUUCGAAAUAUAUUUCCAAGCUUUUUUCCGACAUAUAUGCAAGCGCGUGCAUCUGUCUGUGUGCGCGUGCGACGUACGAUGCAGUGACCGCCAGCUGACUUGUAGCCUUAAAAUAACCGUCGCUUUUACGUUAAUGCUCUUUGCUGAAGCCGUCAACACGAAGCAGAGUAGCAGACGACACUAGCUCUCCUGCUGACGGAGGCGCAAGAGAACAAAACUUACAGUCUGCGUUUAGCCACAUGAAGUUGUCUUAUUGUUGAUUUAAGUACAUUGUUAUAUUGUUCUCCAGACUCCAUACAAAAUAAUACUCAAACUUCAAACUUAGCGGAGAAGUAACUUAAAACAGGUUGACACUCUGUGGGUAUUUCUAUCUGUAAGUGUGUGUGUGUACUUUAAAAUUCGAUCAUGAGGUCAAGGUCGAUAAAGAACAUCAGGGUUAGGAAACUUUUGACAAUAGUGUGCAUGUGACAUCGACAUCGUAUUUUUUCUAGUUCUUCUGAGUAAUAAAAUGAGGCUGAUAACUUUUAACAGACACUUGCUUUUUCACUUUGGAGCUGCUUCAUUCCAGGUUGUAAAAAAAUCUCUAAGACGUCAUCGAGGAACAGCUGCCGACUCCACGCGAAAUCUUCUAAAACAAGGUACAGGGUACAGCUAACCCCUACUGAGUUUUCACAACACAACUCGAGAACAUUCCCUGUCACAAAACGCGGCUGUCAGUGACAUGGAGCAGAUCCCAUCAGAUGAAGAAGUUUGUGUGGCAUCUCUGGCUGACCGAGACUCAGUCGUGGCGAUAGCCGAUGAUGUCCAUGAAGGAACCGAUUAUCUCCCUGCCACCUACCCGUCUCUUGUAGAAGGACCCGGCGUUCGUGGCUACCUUUACAAAAAAGGGGGAAAAACUAUUGCAUUUUUACACACUCAGCUGUUAGACGGAGGAAGGACGCUAUUGCAGAGUGCAGGAAGAGUAGCGGAGGAAUACAGAGGAAGUGGAGUCUUUGGGAGAUUUCGAAGACUAAUUCGUAGCAAAUACUUCGGGUCACCUAAUCUUUGCUACAUUGUCUUUACAGUCACUGAUAUCACUAUGACAGCGAUUGGACAGAAGCUUCUAAGGACACACCGACAGGUGGCUGAGAAAAAAAUAACAAGUGUCGAUCUGACAUCAUUUGAUAUUAGUUUUAAAGUUGGUAAAACUUCAACACCUUUUCCGGGAUUAAGAACACUAUCUAAGAACGAUAUGACAUCUAUCAUGUCUUGUGAGGACGGCCGCCUUCACCAUCUCUUCCCAGAUGGAAUAAUUAUUCUCGAUCAUAAGCCAUACCGACUGAUGGCAGCUAACGUGCCCCUCAUCACCAACACCUGCACACACCGCGUCUUCCUGGCUACAGACGACAAGAGUCCUCCCUUGGACACAGGCUUGCUGUCUGUCCCUACAGUCCUGUCUGCAGGAAGCUACUUCGCUUGCAGUAAAGGUACACGGUACAUAAUAGACCUUUUCGGCGAGGGGAGGGAAGAAGAGCUGCGCGCGCAUAUCACGUGGCACCUGUUACGAGCAGCUAACGUAGGAAACGGAAAUGUCGUCGUCAACAUCUUUCACACCAGAGAGUUGGAUGACAUUAUCACAGACCUGAGCAAGACUUUUCCACUGAGAACAUCAAGUGUGUCCUACAAGAAGCUGAUCGCAUUAGAGCAAGAUGUUUGAAAUUUUAGUUUGUUUUAUACUUUGAUUGUUGCUGUUGUUUUUACAUUUUGAUAUGUUUCUUAUUUUUGGUUGACCUAAGAUUUUUUUCUAUUUUGCUAUCAAUAUGAUUGGUCUAAAAUCAUCUUAAAUAGGGAUGUUUCUGGAGAAAGUUUUUAUGAUAUUAGGAUCAGUAUCUUUCAAACAAGAUUUUAUCAUAGUGCAACCGUGAAAUUAGCUUGAUAAAUAUUUCUAUUUAAUACCCCAACAACUUUUAUUUCACAGUUCUAUAAGUCUAUAUAGACUAUAUAGACUAUAUAGACGCAUAUGCGUGUAACAUGCAUUUCAGUUUCUAAAUUAACAACUGAAAUGCCGCAACAUAUUCGUACACAGCUCAGAUUUAAAGAAACUACUGAAAGGACUAUAACUGGUAACUGGUUGUCUGCAUGUAGGUCUAUGAAUAAUGACAAAUAUUUGCAAAUCACUCACUUAUACCUUUGGUUACGAGAGUAUUCACAAACGGUGAUGUCACACAUGUUGCAUUCUUUAUUGUUAUCAUACAUGUCUCUCUAGUAGAACAAGUCAAAUCAGGGGUGGAGAAUCCCAUGAUUUGGAUUGUAAUCACUGUAUAAUAAUAAUAAUAUCACUGUAUAAUAAUAAUAGUGUUAGCAAAGUAGCUCAUUCCCUAUAAUUAGACGGUUUUCUUUCUCUUUUAUUGUUUUACCAGCAAACAUAACAGAGAUGUAACUUUUCUAUGUUUAAUAUUAUUUAACUAGAUUAUUUGUAUGUGUAGGAAACUCCUGACAGUUUAUUUGAAUAUACUUCAAAAAACUAGUUUGUAUUAAGUGCUCACAGAUAUUUACUUUUAGUUUGUUUGGCUUUUUAUUUUACUUUCUUUAUUGUGCUAUGAAGGUAUCAUGUCACUAUGUCUAGAGUGUAUCUUUAUGUAUAACUAGAUUAUUUUUAAGUUAUAUAAAACACAAUUAUAUUUUCUAAAGUAUA